UGCCGACACCUAACUUCCGGCCAAUCUCUCCUUGUCCCUCGCUCAUUCCCACACACAUACUUUCUCUCUCUCACACGCAUACACAAAUAUUAAACCGGUUUAGUGUCAGUGUGUGUGGACGGGUGAACGGGCUCCGGUUCACAGGAUUAGGACCCUUCCUACGGUGUGUGUGUGUUUGUGUGAGUGAGUGUGUGUCGGUUUUGCCGCGCGGCCCCUCCCGGUGUGCGGGGCUCCAACAUCUGAGAGUUUGAUCGGACUGACCGACAGGCAGCGGCGGGAGAGAGCAGCGGUGUUAGCCCGCACACAGGACAAAGAACCCCGGGGGGAGAAUCCGGAUUUUAACCUGGGAGGAUUGGAGGAAGAGAGGCGGAACAUGGACCGUGUGCUUGGGCUCGUCUUCGCCGUCUUCGUGCUCGGUGAGGUCUCGGCCCGGGUGGUGAAGGUAUCUCCUGGCCCGCUGAUCAGGGUGGAGGGUCAGCCCGUCUCCAUCAGGUGUGACGUCAGUGAAUAUGGAGGACCGCAAGAACAGGACUUUGAGUGGGAGAUGUCCAGCAGCUCCAGCGGCUCCAGGAUAAAGAUCAUCUCCACCUUUGACGCAGCGUACUCCCACGCGUCCCUCAGCAAGCGCGUGGCGUCCGGAGACAUCUCUGUGGAGCGUCUGCAGGACAACCAGGUGGAGCUGAAGGUGGCCGAGGUGAAGUCCACAGACGCCGGCUUCUACUGGUGCCAGACGCCGAGCACGGACUCUGUGAUCAGCGGGAACUACGAGGCGAAGGUCAAACUCAUCGUCAUCCCAAACACACUCAGAGUCUCCCCUCUGGCCCCGGCCCCUGUGGUCCCAGAAGGAAGUGACAUCAUCCUGUCGUGUAACGUGACCCGGGAGCUGACCCAGCCCACGUACCUGUCCGUCACCUGGUCGGUGAAGAGGGGGUCGACCUCCGAGGACAUCCUGGUGUUUGGACCUCAGGGAGACGUAGCGGUCGGGCCCAAGUACGCCCGCAGGUACGCCGACGGAGGAAUCCGGUUGGUUCCCGGGAAGAACGGCGUGUUCGAGCUGGUGGUUACCAGGGCAACGCCAUCGGACGACGGGUUGUAUGAGUGUAACGGGACGGAGUGGACGCACGAGGACGGAGGACGCUGGGUGAAGAUCGUGCAGAGUGCGAGAGAGAUGGGGACGGUGGCGGUCACGCCCACAGGUCAGUCCCUCAGCGUGAAGAUCUCCCCCUCCUCCCCCUCUCUACUCCUCACACCAGGCAACACCCUCACCCUCCUUUGCUCCGUCGCCGCCGACAACCUCGCCGCCCUCUCUCUUGAGGUCACAUGGCUGGUGGACAAUCGCGACAUCAUCACCAUGGAUCACAGCGGCGUGGUGAUCUCCAACACAUCCGCUUCGUCCUCCUCCUCCUCCUCCCCGGCCGGGGGAGCACAAGGAAGGAGGGGGGAGUCCAGCCUGGAGCGCAUCCGAGUGGGGGACUACAGGCUGGGGGUGAGGGGGGUGAGCGGCGAGGACGGCGGAGUGUACGCCUGCAGGGUCAGAGCCUUUGUGGAGAAAGGAGGGCGGAGCUCCGGAGGAGGCGGGAGGUGGCACAUGGCGGCGGAGAAGACGUCGAGCGUGGUGACGGUGAAGGUGGCGCAGAUCAAGCCCAACUUCACCCUGACCCUUGACCCAGUCCUGACCCCCCUGGCAACCUCUGACCCCACAGAGCUGGCUUGUCAUGUAACCAACAUCACCCAUCUGCCCCGGGGCGGUCGGCUGGCGGUCACCUGGGAGCACACCUUACUGCCUGGUGUCACUCAGGACCCGCCCACCUCUCAUCUUAUUGGCUCUCUGGACGCCCAUGGCAACCUAGGUGUCACUCAGGACCCGCCCACCUCUCAUCUUAUUGGCUCUCUGGACGCCCAUGGCAACCUGAUUCCUGCAUCGUCACUCUCUGAGAAGAUGAAGAGCGGAGCGCUGACUCUGAGCAGAGUUCAACCAAACACCUUCACCCUGAGGAUCCAACAGACACAGGAGGUGGACAUGGGCCAGUACGUGUGCUCUGUGUCAGCAUGGACUCUGACCAGUCAGGGAGACCUGAUGAAGAGUUCUGAGCAUCAGAGCGCAGCGCUGACUGUCCGCUGGGCGACCAAACCUCCGACUCUGAACGUUGUGGCGAAGCCGGUCCGCGAGGCGUCGGUGGGUGGCGCUACGUUUGAGAUGAGUUGCACUGUGUCCACUGAAAACAUCAGGGAGGCGGGCUACUCUGUGCUCAUCCAAUCACAGGACAGCCUGCAGAGCACCGUGAGGACGAUCAUGACUCUGAGUCCUGACAGCGUGGUACAGCACGGAGGCGCCACAGACCCCGCCCGCAGGGACAGUCUGGUUCUGGUGAAGUCCGGUCCGGCAGAGUUCAGAUUCAGGCUGAAUGGCGUGCAGCUCUCUGAUAGGGCCUUUUAUUGGUGUGCCAUCACGGCGUUGAAUAAACAGCAGUCCGGUCACACCUGGACCAAAGUCACGAGUGAGUCCAACAAGGUCCGCAUCGACUUCCAGGAGAACGGCCCCUCCUUCGCCAUCGCCAUCCAAUCAGACGCCAGCACAGUGUACCCCUGGGAAACGGCCAAGAUGGAGUGUUCACUGAGCGUGUCAGGAUCAUCACCCAAGACAGAUGACCUAGCGUACGAGGUGCGUUGGUUUUUCACUCGUCUCCGUGGCGGUCAGACAACCGUUCAAGUGGCGAGCGUGGACCGUUUCGGCGUGUUAAGGAAGGACGCUCGAAACUCAUCCAGCGACGUUUCCGUCGAACGUAAAGACACGCACACCUACCAGCUGAACAUCCACGGCACGCAGGACAGUGACAGUGGAGAGUAUCACUGCGUGGCCACGCCCUGGUACCUGUCGGCCUCCACAGGUGCGUGGACUCAGGCUGCAGAGCUGACGUCAUCACGAGUCUUCCUCACCGUCAAGUUUGCAGUGUGGGAGUCUCUGAAGUUACCUCUGUUAUACGGUGUGUCAGCGUCAGUAGGUGUAGGUGUGUUCUCUCUGGUCCUCGGGCUUGUGUGUGCUCAGUGCUGCUGCAGAAACACGACACACACUCCUCGCUCUCGGAACAAGCUGAUGGACCUGGAGAUGGACUGACACACAGUCUCCCCUGCACACACACACUGCAGGAAGCACCACACACACCACAGACACACACCCGGCGACGAUUACUGGGACACACAGCUGUUUGCAGCUGACGGACGCUGGGACUAAACUCACUCAUCGUCGUGGUUACUCGGUGCUCAGGACUCUGCAGCGUGCAAAGCAGGGGAUUAACCAAUCAGAGCAUGGGGCUCAUGAUUAACCAAUAGGAACAAGCCUUUGAGACUUGACAUGGUGUGAAGAUUUUUAAACGUGUGGAGCUUCCAGAUUUUUACAGAAAUAAACCUUUAGCACAGUGGGAGGAGUCAGACGCUCUGACACAACACACUGCCAUAUAAGGAGCUCUGAAAACACCUGAACACACCUGGACACACCUGAAACAUGACGUGCUCAGCGUCUUCUUCUCCUAAUGCCAAGAAAUCCCUCCCGUCCCUUCUGAUAGUAUUCAAGUCUGAGCGGAGGACUCACCAGCCGAGCACACAGCUGGAGGAUUAACAUCCGUACAUCAGGGACAGAGACCAGGACUCCUGCCCCUGGAUUCAUCGGGUGCUCCAGACAACAGACGAUGUUUCCCUUCCUUAGUUCAGUGGACGUUUCAAUUCCAGAUAUGCAGUCGAGUGUUUGUGAGAGUACGUGCUUCUUCUUCAGAUCAACGCUCGACUUUUCUACAUAUAUACACUCAUGUAUCCUGUGUGUGUGUGUUAGUGUGUGUGUUAGUGUGUGUGGGGAUGCAUGUUCUGUUUUUCUACAAACACACUGAUGUCAGUCAGGAGCAGCACACACCUGAUCCAGGGACACAUUUCACCUGCAUGAACACCUUUCACUUCCUUCAUGAUGAGACGGAGCAGGAGAAUCACUUUCACCACUGAAGGGUCGUCGUCAUGACAACAGAGUUUAAAUCUUUGAUAUGAUUCUAAAUCACGGCAACAGGAAUAGAAGUCCUCAAUACACCACCCAAUGUUGCAGAAUUUAUUGUUUUUUUAUUCAGAGAAAUUAAACUCAUUGGCAACGUUGGAUUUGUGCGUCAAACUGCACGAGUGCACGCACGAUGUGACGCACAAAUCCCAACGUGAGGUGACAUUUAAUGGACUCGUCGUUGUUGUCUUACCCGUCCUUCCUUUGAGACAGGUGUCGGUUUGUACAGUGCAGUAUUUUUGGAUACUAUCGAUCAUUAACAGGACAGAUUAUAUCAUUUAAAAAAGUAUGGAAGAUGUGGCCAACAUGACAUCAUCAGUUUGAGGCUGCAGGUUAGGGUUUAGGGUAUAGGGGUUAGGGUGUCAGCAGGUUUUAAGGACGCUUCUGUCAGCACGACUCGAGCAGACUCAGCCCAUCCCCCCUCACAGCUCCAGUCUGGAUCUCCUUAGCUUAGCUUAGUUUAGCAGAAAGCAGACAAAAGCGUGUUAGCACAACAGUUGUUUGUUUCUCUGCACCCGGUCUUUAUGCUAAGCUAGGCUAACUAGCCGUGUCCUCCUCCCUCUGGUUUUUAACUGGAGGAUGUUUUUGAGCAAUAAUCGUCGUCAGUCAGCUGAAGCCACGACGGAUUUUUAAAGAUUUUAUUUUGAUGUUCGGUCGUCGAUAUUUUAAGCAAUGAACACACCGAGGGGUGAAAUUCAGCCAAUCAGAGACAAGGACACACUGAGCUGAUGGGUGUCACACCUUUCUCCUGUAAGGGUGUGUGUGUGUGAGAUAUUGUGUGUGUGUGAUAGUGUGUCACAUCUGAAACACAUACACACCUGAAACAUACACCUGAAACAUACACACACACACACCUGAAACAUACACACACACCUGAAACACACACCUGUCCAGAUGUUCCCCAGCGUCCUUUGAUUCAAAGUUUGUGACUGUGCUGAUGUUUUGAAUAAAUAGAUUUGUAAGAUGUG